GGACUUCUCAUCUCAACAACAAGCACCAUCAAAUCCUGUAAAUCGCCAAAGCCUAAGACGAAAACAACUCCCUCAAAGAAAGCUACGAUUACAGUUGUUCCCAUGGUUCAAUACGUCUUCACGCCGUGGCGCGACCGCUAUGAACUUUUGCUGGUUCGCGAACAGCUCUACGCCUCAUUUGACGGAAUCAGCACCACCACCCAGAACCCAGAGCAAAAGCCAGAAGAUGCUGGUCAGCAGGAGCAUUCGGGAAUCAUUCGGCCUCGCCAAAAUAUAGACGAUAAAGAAGCGAGGAGGAAACAGCAUCAGGCGGUUGCGCGGGUCUCGAUGUGGAUGCAGCGAGGAAAUUGUCCUCAUAUGGUUGAGUCCACGGCCCUCUUGAUGGCAGCCAUGUUGAGUGAUGGAGAAGCAGCUGCAGGGGAGAAUGCAGCCUCAUCAGCGUAUGCUGUACGGGCAGCAUACUCGGCGGCCUUUAGUCGGUUCGUUACCGGCCUCCUCGAUGGCCACCAGGACAAGCAGCGCAAGCAGAGCAUGUACUCGAUCGCAAAGACGAUAGGUCUACCAGCCACAUUUGUAGAGCUGCGGCAUCAGUCCACACACGAGCAGCUACCCUCGUUGGCAAAGCUACGCACGGCGGCAAAGAAGGCUCUGGCGUGGAUCUGGGACUACUACUGGAAGCACCUCGGCGACGACACGGGCGAUCCAUGUCGGCAGAUGGUGCUGCGAUAUCUGCGCGAGGGAGAUGAAGCUAAGCUGGGCAUCAUGAUUGGCGAGUUUGAGCGGUGGCCGGGGGAGCGCGUGGUGAAGACGGUGGACGAGGUUAGGAGCAGUCUACCGGGGAACCAGGUGUUUCUCAAGUGCGCGGAACUGAGCCAGCGAUUGAAGGAUUUGGAUGGACAAAAGGGCGCUCAGGACACUGGAGCUGCAGAUAUACCCAUGAAGGAUACUGAAGCUCAUGAGCCUGCCGCAGGUGAUGGAGAGGCGACAGAGGUUGACCAAGAUUUUGGAUGGUCACAGUUUGAAGCCCUGGCCAAGAUUACAAAGCCUCACAUCCCAUUCGGCAUCGUCCUCUUACACUGCAACCUUGACUCUUUCCUCUGCAUUUACACACCUAUGUAUAGACUCGCGGCCAGACGACCGUUUCUCAACAAGAAAUUUGGAAUCAUCUCCACAGCGCUUGCUGCAUCCCGCGCCAUGCAUAUCCAGUCGAUUCCCAUGUGGGAGGGGAGCCACAACAAUUACGCCUACUUGGUGGUCGAUGACAAAUCCAAGGAUGCUGUGAUUAUCGACCCUGCCAACCCUCCGGAAGUUGCUCCGGUUCUGAAGGAUGCUAUUCAGGCGGGCAAGAUUAACCUGACGGCCAUCGUCAACACUCAUCACCAUUGGGACCAUGCCGGAGGUAACAAGAAGCUGCUCGCUGAACUUGGCACUCCCAAGCUCGACAUUAUCGGAGGCAAGGACUGCGAGGGUGUCACCAAGACGCCUGGCCAUGGCGAGACCUUUAAGCUGGGUGACAUCACCGUGAAGGGUGUUCACACGCCCUGCCAUACCCAGGACAGCAUUUGUUUCUUCAUGGAGGAUGGAAAUGAAAAGGCUGUUUUCACAGGAGAUACUCUUUUCAUCGGCGGCUGUGGAAGAUUCUUCGAAGGCUCUGCGGCGGAGAUGCACGAGGCCCUGAACAAGCGCCUCGCCGCUCUGCCAGAUGACACCUUGGUCUAUCCUGGACAUGAAUACACCAAGUCCAACGUCAAGUUUGCGGCUUCUGUGUCGCAGCGAGAUGCUGUGCAGAAGCUCCACUCGUAUGCCGAGAACAACAAGGUGACGACUGGAAAGUUUACCAUUGGAGAUGAGAAGGAGCAUAAUGUGUUUAUGAGAGUCGAGGAUCCCGAAAUCCAGAAGGUGACGGGCGAGACUGAGCCCGUGGCUGUUAUGACAAAGUUGCGAGAGAUGAAGAACAACUUUAAGGCUCCCGAGUCAAAGAUGUAG